CUCAUUUUUUCAAAAACACUCCAGAAACUAACGGUCGUCGUUUAGAUCAUGCAACUCGGCACAGCGUCUUCUUCCUUCUCUAUUCCAGUUUUAACCCCCAACAAAUCCCAUAAUUACACCGCGGUACCCUUCACCUUCAACCACCGCGAACCAAAACCCAGAACCUGUUUCCGACCCAUUGGAUUCUCAUCUUCUUCGCCAACCAGAAAUGUCUGGAGGAGAACCCCGCAGCUCAAAACGGCGCCGUCUCCCUCCUCCACGCCGUCGCACCAGAACCGCCGCCCCAGAAACCAGCAAGGUCCGUCGCAUUUGGACCACAGCGUCGACAUGGACGAGCUCUUGUCAUCAAUCGGACAGACCCAGAACGAGCUGGAACUGUACUCUCUAAUGUCGGCCUACAAAGGCCGGCAGCUGUCGAUUCGGUUCAUGGUUUCGCUGCUCUCGCGGGAGUCUGAUUGGCAGCGGUCACUCGCUAUCCUCGAUUGGAUUAACGAGGAAGCUCUGUACACUCCCUCCGUGUUCGCUUACAAUGUUGUGAUACGAAACGUGCUUCGCGCCAAGCAGUGGGAGAUUGCACACGGACUGUUCGACGAAAUGCGCCAGCGAGCGCUGGCACCUGAUAGGUACACUUAUUCGACGCUGAUUACUUCUUUCGGGAAGGCGGGUAUGUUUGAUUCGGCGCUCUCUUGGCUCCAGAAGAUGGAGCAGGACCGUGUGCCCGGCGAUCUUGUUCUGUACAGCAACUUGAUUGAGCUUUCGCGUAAGUUGUGUGAUUAUUCCAAGGCAAUUUCGAUUUUUUCGAGGUUGAAGAGGUCGGGGAUUAUGCCGGACCUUGUGGCUUACAAUUCGAUGAUCAAUGUGUUUGGGAAAGCUAGGUUGUUUAGGGAAGCUCGGCUCCUUAUUAAGGAGAUGAGGGCGGUUGGUGUUUUGCCAGAUACAGUUAGUUAUUCGACGCUUUUGAGCAUGUACAUUGAGAACCAAAAGUUUGUUGAGGCGUUGUCUGUGUUCUCUGAGAUGAACGAGGUUAAGUGUCCGCUUGAUCUCACGACGUGCAAUGUUAUGAUUGAUGUUUACGGGCAGCUCGAUAUGGUUAAGGAAGCUGACAGGUUGUUUUGGGGCAUGAGGAAAAUGGGACUUGAACCCAAUGUUGUUAGUUACAAUACUCUUUUGAGGGUUUAUGGCGAUGCUGAGCUUUUCGGGGAAGCCAUCCAUCUUUUUCGAUUGAUGCAGAGAAUGGAUAUUGAGCAGAACGUUGUCACAUACAAUACGAUGAUCAAGAUUUAUGGGAAGUCACUUGAACACGAAAAAGCUACGAAUCUUGUGCAAGAAAUGCAGCAGAGAGGGGUUCAGCCAAAUGCAAUUACAUACUCAACGAUUAUAUCUAUAUGGGGUAAGGCUGGGAAACUGGAUCGGGCAGCAAUGCUGUUUCAAAAGCUGAGGAGCUCUGGGGUUGAGAUUGAUCAGGUUCUUUAUCAGACCAUGAUUGUGGCUUAUGAGAGAGUAGGCUUGGUUGCUCAUGCUAAGCGUUUACUUCAUGAGCUCAAGCGCCCAGACAAUAUCCCUAGGGAGACUGCAAUUACGAUUCUUGCUAGAGCCGGUCGCAUAGAAGAGGCUACAUGGGUUUUCCGUCAAGCUUUUGAGGCUGGGGAGGUGAAGGAUAUAUCGGUCUUUGGUUGCAUGAUUGAUCUUUUUUCAAGAAACCGGAAGUACGCGAACUGCAUUGAGGUGUUUGAAAAGAUGAGAGUGGCAGGAUACUUUCCUGCUUCCAAUGUGAUUGAUCUAGUUCUCAAUGCUUAUGGAAAGUUACGGGAAUUUGAGAAGGCAGAUGCUGUAUACAGUGAGAUGCAGGAAGAAGGGUGUGUUUUCUCCGACGAAGUUCACUUCCAGAUGCUCAGUCUUUACGGUGCAAGAAAAGAUUUUAAGAUGGUAGAGUCACUAUUUGAGAGGCUGAUCUCUGAUCCCAACAUCAACAAGAAGGAGUUACAUCUCGUUGUUGCCAGCAUCUACGAAAGAUCAAAUAGACUUAACGAUGCAUCCCGGAUCAUGAACAAGAUGAAUGAAAGGCGAAUUAUGACGUCUUGACCCUUCUUAGAAGUCCAUAGCAUGUGUUAAAAAUUUACCCUGUUACUGUUGAAUACGUUGUUCUGCCGGUUAUUCUGUAGAUAUUGUACCGCGUGACCAUGUGUAUAGGCCGCAACACAAUGGAACUACCAGUAUCCAAAUUUUGGACCUGAAAUGCUCGAUCUGUACACAAAUGCAGAAUUGUAAGUCGGUUUUCGCCAAUUUUUAUGUGAAGGAACCAUUAAACCA